AUGUUAUCCCACCACGUCGUUAUUCUUCAUAUUAUUAAUUUUGUGGCGCGUGACACCGCCGUCGCCACCGUCGCUGGUUGUAAUCCUUCACAACACAAUCGAUCAAAUGCAAUGGAAGAAUUAAGGGAGAUAUUUAGUAGAGUUGGACCAGUUAUAUCAUUUCGAUUGAUGAAGGAUAAGGAGACUGGUAUGCCUAAGGGUUAUGGUUUCUGCGAAUAUCGAGAUAUGGAGACUGCAUAUAGUGCUAUGAGGAAUCUAUCUAAUGCUGAUUAUGGUGGUAGACCAUUAAGGGUAGAUUGGGCUGAUCAUGAACUAAGGAAUUCCGAAGCAGUUACUAAAGUAUUAAGGACAUCUAAUGCAGAGGUAUCUGAGAGAACUGAGAAGAUUGUUAAAGAUAGGUUACAGGAGUUUAGAGGUAAAAUAACAGAUGAGACAAUUGAAUUGGCAGUAAAUAUUAUCAAGUGA